AAGGUCCCAGAGAGUUAACAUUAUUCUCUAGGAAGUCAGUUAGGAGGGAAUGAAUGGGGGUGGAUGGGAGGGGGAAAGACCCGAGUUACAGAGAACCCAGAGCUGAAAGACCAGUUUCCUGCGGGGAAGACUUUGACCGAGACACUCGCGAAGGCAGCAGUGGAUGUGGUUGUAUGUGGUCUGUGGUUCGGCGGGUGGCGCGCAGCUCAGUUUCCAUGGGAACGCGGCCUGGUCCCUAAGGCUGCCUGAACGGAGGAUCGAUCGUUGAACCCAGAUUUUGCUCCAGACUCUACAAUGCUACCACAGGAGAAAGAACUUGAUGAGCUGUUGGCUUGUAAAAAAGAAGAGUGGAAAACACUUCAGGCCCUUCGAGCCCAGCUGCAAGAAACAGCCUUACAGGAUGCCCAGCGGCAGCUUCAGGAAGCCAAGGAGAAACUCAGUCAAUUGAAAAAGGACUUCACCUAUAAUUUGCAAGUUCUAGAGGAACGGGACUGUGAGCUGGAGCGCUAUGAUGCUGCUUUUGCCCAAACCAGUAUGUUGGAGGAAGCUAGAAAGGCAGAGGUGAGUGAGCUAAAGAUUGAAGUAGCCAAGCUAAAGCAAGCUGUUGCCAAAGAAACCAGGAAGCGAGAGGAACUGCAGCAGCUCUAUCAGCACCGACUCCAGGAGCAUCGCCUAGAGCUGGAGCAGAUACACAGUAACAAGAACUGUGAAAUCGACCACCAUCGAGAACAAUAUGAAAAGUUGAAGUGGCAGUUGGAAAGAAAACUCCAGGAACUAGAUGGAGAGCUUGCUUUGCAGAAACAGGAACUUCUAGCAGAGUUUGAAUCUGAGCUGAAAAAGAGAGAGCAUGAAUUUCGACUUCAGGCUGAUGAUAUGAGUAACAUAGUCUUGACCCAUGAGCUCAAGGUAAAGUUGUUGGCCAAAGAACUUGAGGCUCUUAAAGUGGCUGGUAUUAAAGCUGCAGAAUCCUUACUGGUAGCAGAAACAACUAAUUUGGAGCUGGAGAAAGAAGUGAAGCGCAAAGACUUGGAAAUUAAGGAUCUGACAGCUGUGAAAAAUGCCCGGAUAAAAGAUUUAGAAGAUAAACUCCAGUCUGUACAGCUGAUCAGGAAAAAAGAAGAAGAAAUAUUUAAGAGGAAACAUGAAGAGCUGGAUCGUUUUGCUAGAGAAAAAGAUGCAGUGCUCACUGCAGUGAAAGAGGCCAAUGUAGAACAUGUACAGAAGUUAGAGGCCAAAGUUCUUGAACACCAAGCCAGUCAUGAUACUCUUGAGAUGGAACUGAGACAGGCUGAGUGGAGACAGGCGGAUGCCUUGAAAGAAAAGGACAUUGUCAUUGCCAAGCUUCAAGAGGAUGUGGCAGCAAUGAAAUCUGCCUGGGAUGCUCAGAUUGCACAAAUAUCCAAGGAAACUAUUUCCAGAGACCUUCAGAUACAUACAUUACAAGAAGAAGAAGUGAAGCUAAAGGCACAACUAGCCAGAUUCCAGCAGGACAUUGAAAGGUACAAACAGCAGCUAUCUCUAGCAAUGAAACGGGAGCAGAUCCUAGAACGUGAUAAGGUACAGGUGGAACUGGACUGGCAAUGUCGCUGUGAAAAUGCUGAAAGGAACCAAUAUGAGAAAUCAGAGGAUUUGAUACAGGGCUUAACAACAGCCAGAAACCAGGUUGCUGCCCAGCUCCAAGAGACAGAGCAGAAGUUAUGUGAAAUGAAAACAGUACUGAAGGCUAUAAUCUUUGAAAGAGAUCAGGCAAUUCACACACUCAGUUUGCAUGGUUUACUUCCUGAAAAGGAGAAAAAGGUGUUCCUAACAGAUCACAAAAUAAAUGGAAGUAAAGGUUUUCCAUCCAGUGAGAUUCAGAAGCUACAAGAACAAAAUACAAACUUACGUACUGCAAUUGCACACAUGAGAAGGGAAAUGGAGGCUCUAAAUGAUCAAGUCCCAUCUUUUAUCAGCACUGGAAAGAAGACCCUAAAUGCAGCAGUAGCCUGUGAUCCAGAAGCUACAUCAGACACAUUAAUUUCCAGUUCUUUGCUGGCUGAUAAAGUUUCUAUUGGCAUGGCUUUGAAGAAGCUACAAGCCAAAGCAGUUCUGUUGGAUUCCAUGGUAACACAGCUCAAACAAAAGGUGCAGCAGAAACCAUUGGACUUUGAUGAGUUCCAGGCCCAGCUUUCUAGUCAGCUAGAUGAAGUACAUUUAGAAAUUUCAGGGCUACAGGAACAGGUAACUCAGCUCAAGAUGCAUUUCAGUACAGUCAAGAAGGAAGCAGGGAAGACUUCUAACAAGAAUCAACAACAAAUCCCAGAAUCUUUGAUGCUUGGAAAAGAGAGUCAGAUGACCAAAAAACCUCUAGAAGGAACUACAGAUCGAAAAGAUCGGUUUGACCAAAUGGGUGCUGGGAUUCAGGCCCAGCCUCUUGGAGCCUUUUCCAUGCAAAUGUUGCAGAAGAAAUUGAAGGAAGCAGCAAGAAAAAUCUCCAGCCUAAGCCAAGAGAAGCAGCAGCUUAUUGAAAUGGGGAACAGACUUCGUGCUGAACUUGGUAAAACAAAGGGCCAUUCUAUGAAGUUCUCACAGCAUCCAUUUCAAAGUAUUUCUGGGACCUUAUAUCCAAAAACACUAGUUAGAGACACUGGACAUCAUUUCUUAGCUUUGGAGCAGCCUCAGGGAAGGCUCACAACCCAGGAGCUACAGUAUGCCCAGCAAGACUAUUUCUCCAGAUUCUCUGAAAAUGCCCCAGAAACUCUAACCAGAAACGAUACUCCAAGCAAUUUUGAGGAAGAACCAAAGUUGCCUCCUGCUCAGAUCCAGCUCAACACUCCCACAAGGAUUAACAAAUUGGCUCAGGAGAAAGAAAACAGGUCUCCAGAACCAACUGAAGCCCAAGAACUACAUGAGGAAAAUAGGCAACUUACUCAAAGAUCAUCAUCUCAGGUUGGCAGCUCCCUCCAGGAUAUAUGGAAGAUGUUAGAUUUGGGAUCUAGUCCUUCUGGCUUCACCUCUCAAGAUGACUCCCUUCCAGUAGAGAUCUCAGCAUCCAGGGCAGCUGACAGCCUCCAAGAACGCAACCAGGAUACAGUAGUGACUUCCAGAGCUUUUACCAUUGAAGGGAUGAAGUUAGAGGUCCAGCCAAGGCCAAAAUCCACCAAGCCCUCUAAGCCCCAUCCUGCAAAACCAAAAAUUACCCAGAAAUCAAAAAUCAGGAACUAUAAUGUAAAGGAAUAACCUCAGUAUAACAGUGCACAGCUCCUCUCUCUAAUGAUAGGAUGUAGAAUAGGAAUCUCCAUACUGGGAUAUGGAAAGCAUUUCUAUUGGUAUGACUGUGAUGGCAGGAAAGUAGGUUCUUAGAUUCAGAAGAGAAACUUCCAUGUUACACAUUCUGUUGGGGGUGGCUUUAUUUGUGUUGCCUACUGAGUUAAUUAAAAUUAACAAGCAUCCUAGCUUUUAUAUUAGUCUUGAUGGUAGGUUGUUUAUCUGCUAUAUUUGAGUUGUCCUGUGUGGCAUAAAUAAUUAUACUGUGAAUCAAAACUAAAGAAUCUCAUGAAAAUCUCUUAGUUCCUGGGUAACAGUAGCAAUAGUGACCUACUGUUACACUGGGGUUUGGCUCUCUGUUUUCAGACUCAUCCAGUGACUGCUCUUCUGUUUCUAGGAUAUGGGAUAGUGGCCCACCCUACCUGUAUUCCUGUGGGUGAGACGGGCAUUCUUCUUUUCUUUAGAAAAGAUAAGAGAGCAGGAGGAUGUCCAUCUGUAGUAGAAGUAUUUCUCAUGUAUUUUUCCCUCACAGGGAUUAAUCAUUAUUGUGAUAAGCUUCUCAGUGCCAACCUUGGAAGAGGUCCUUUGGACCCCACACUUUCAAAGGUCUUGCUUUGGGGGCCCCUUCUGAAAAUUACACAGAAGGAAAAAAAAAAGUUGAGAAGGGGACACAUAGGUCCCUCUUGGGACACUUUGAUAAGGCAACCUCCAGAAUGGUAUGCCACUAGGAAAGCAAAUAUUUUUAUGCCAAUCCAAAAUUAUCCCCUGCCACCCUUUUAUUAGCUCCACAGAUACUUCCUCUUCAAUGAGGCCAACCAAGAUCCCUAAUUCAAACUGAAUCCCUCACUGCAGAAGGUGGAGGAAUCCUUUUAAAUGAAGGGCUUUGAGGCCAUACAUUACAAGAGGUGGGAACAAGCAUUUCUACUCUAGCAAGAGCUCAGCCUUACUGCCAACUUCUAGAAAUGGGUCAUGAUAGAUUUGCUUCUAAAUUAUGGCAAUCAUUUCAGUUGGCUGCAGGCUUGGAACAUAUCUACUUGUUCCUUUCUGUGGCACAACCCUACUCUGGGUUUUGAAUUCCUGGAGACCUACCUUAUAUCUCAUUAACAUUUCCCUUGUAAAGCCAGGCACCUGCAGCACCCUCAACAGCCUCUCAUCCAAUACAGAAGCAGAAUGAGGGGCCUAAGCAUUGCCUUCUUCCUCUUGGCAAAGAGGUGAUGGACUAGAGAUACAGAAUGAGACAUUUUCAGACAUAGCCAAUGUGUUGAUAUGUUUUACUUGAAUAUACUUAUCUGUUGGGAAAUGGGGGGAGGGAGUGGGAGGGGGGAAGGGGAGGGAUAUAAAUUAGUGGGUAGUAAUAGAGACACAAAACAAGCAUCAACUUAAAAUAUACAGAAGAAAAAAACUGAAAAGGGGACACAUAGGUCAAGUUUGUCACUACCUUGUAAAUUUACAUUUAUGCAAUCAUCCUUUUUCUUUGUAUGUUGAAAUGUUUGUGUUGAUGAUUACUAAAUUCAUAAUAAAAAAAAAACAUUUAAAGCC